GACUGAAACCAACAUAAAAAAAAACUACUGCUGGACUCUUGUGACACUCUGUUUGUAAACGCCUGUGUUUGGUGACGGAAGUAGCCUAGUCUUACCUUGUCAUGCCCACUGAAACUACAGCGUCAUUCACUGCCCUCAGGUGAGAGAGAUGAGAGAACGCCGCGAGAUUCACUCCGUCAAACUCUGAACGGCCCAUCAAGAACUUUUACAAUUGGACUAUUUCACCCAAACUGCCUAAAAAUACAGCGCCUGCAUUGACUGGUCGGAACGUCAGGCGUGCACGCUUCUGUUUAGUAGCGAAACAAACUAUUUUCCUGAAAAAACAUGAGUUCUGCCGCGUUUGAACAAGGAGGGAACGGGCGUCAUGAGCAGGUCACCUUCCUGACGAAUGAACAGAAGAUGGCACCGGCACGGAAGACGACCAUUGCCGUGGGGGUCGUCAUUGCCCUGUUGGUAGUGGCUGCAGUGGUUGGAUUUCUUGUGUGGCUCUUUGUUGUCAGGAGCAAAGAAUUGGAAAAUGAGGCCACCUUACAUAAACACAGCUCAUCCACACUGGUUUACAGUGGACAAAUUAAGCUUCUCAAACCCGAGUACAGGCCAGUAUAUGAGAAUCCCGACAGUGCAGAAUUCCAACAAGUGGCAAGGGACUUGGAAGGAAUUAUGAACGAUACAUUCACCAGAGAUCCUCUCCUUUCCAAAUACUAUACCAAGUCUGUCAUCACUGCCUUCAGUGAAGGAACCUUAGCGUAUCAUUGGUCUCAAUUUGACAUUCCUGAGACGGACCAAGAGAUCGUCCCAGAGCUGACAGAGGAGCGUGUGGUCGAGGCUCUGCGGAGGAGCAUCCGGCAGGAGGGCAAACGAGUCGGGAACAUCGCAGUCACUGCCAGCGACAUCACUGCUUCAUCCACAGACCCUCGGAUGGCCAGGGACCCCAGAUCCAAUAAAUGCUUUUACAGUCUCAUGGCUGACACCACCAGCAAAGAAUUUACAUCCCCGGAACACCCUAGGAGAUACCCAGCUAACUCCCGAUGCCAGUGGCAGAUCCGCGCUCCUAAAGGUUAUGCCAUCAGUGUCAAGUUCAGGACCUUCCACAUAGAGGAUGACUGUGCCAAUGAUUAUGUAGCCAUCUAUGACUCGCUCAGUCCUGACAGCACGUAUGCUAUCACAAAACAGUGUGGACUUCGACCUCCUACAAAUCCUCUUGAGGUAGUUUCUUCUGGUAACAUCAUGCUCGUCAACCUAAUCACAGAUAAGGUCCGGAGACUUGGAUUCAAAGCGGUUUACACUGUCAUUCCCGCUAUUGCUGCUGGGAGCUGUGGAGCAUCUCUGAAUACGCCCACUGGAAACUUCACCUCUCCUCAUUUUCCUAGUUUCUAUCCUCCUUUGAUCGACUGCAACUGGAACAUCAGUGUUCCUGCUGGCAGAAAGAUAAAGAUAGAGUUCAAUAUGUUCCGUGUGAAAGAGCCGGGGGUGGACACUAGCAGCUGUCACAAAGACUUCAUAGAGGUGCUGGGUAAAAAGUAUUGUGGAGAGAGACGUAGACUUGUUCUCUCUAGUGCCACCAAUAUCUUGGAAGUGAAGUUCCAUUCAGAUGAAUCCUACACUGAUAAGGGUUUCAGGAUCACUUACACCGCCUUUGACCCUGUAAACCCUUGCCCUGGUCAGUUUGCGUGCACCUCAGGCUACUGCAUCAAAAAAGAGCAACACUGUGAUGGGUGGAACGACUGCGAAGACAUGAGUGAUGAGAAAAGCUGCCACUGUGAUGACGAACAGUUCACUUGCAGUAAUGGCCUGUGUAGGCCUCGGUACUUUGUGUGUGACAGAGUAAAUGACUGUGGUGACAAUAGUGAUGAGGAACAUUGUGAUUGUGGCAGAGCUGAGGAAAGGUGCGGCGAUGGCGCCUGCAUCCCACAAGAAUUUAUAUGCGAUGGGAAAAAUGACUGUGCUGACGCCAGUGAUGAGGUCUCAUGUGUAGCAUCAGCCGGUAUCUGCAAUGAUUUCUCCUUCAAGUGUAAAAACAAGCAGUGUGUAAACAAAGUGAAUGCAGAGUGUGAUCGCGAAGAGGACUGCUCAGAUGGUUCGGAUGAGCAGGGAUGUAACUGUGGAGUCCGGCCAUACAAGCACAACCGUAUUGUGGGUGGGCAGAACUCAGAUGUGGGUGAAUGGCCGUGGCAGGUCAGUCUACAUUUCCAGACCAGCGGACACGUUUGCGGCGCCUCAGUCAUCUCCAACAAAUGGCUGCUGUCCGCUGCCCACUGCUUCAUCCAGCCUGAUUCAGCGUGA